ACUUGUUCUCCUCCAUCAUAUUUAGAGAUUUAGAUGCAUUUUCUCUUUCUUGUUCUUAUCUGGGUUGUUGGGUUCUGUUAGAUGCCAGCAUUGUUAAUCUUUUACAGAUGUAAAGGGCCCAUCUUGCAAUGUGGAAGUUAAGCUCUUUAAAUAUGGCAGCUUCCUUUUGAUCAUAAAUAGUCACAGGAACCCAGUAGGCUAGGGAUUUUACCCAAAUUUCACCCUUUUUUUUUCCUGGAAAUGGCUAGUGCAAAACUUGUUUGAUUUUAAAUGUGGAGACCCAUUUCUCACAUUUGAGUUGGAAUAGGAAAUCCAUCUCCUUUUAGAGUGUUACAGCAAAAAAGAACCUUACUUUUUGCAAAGGGCCAAGGUUCUAUAUUAUCCUUUGAGCUGUUGUGCAAGAUUCAGUUCUUGCCCUAUUUCUCGAUCUGGAAAUGAAUGCAGAUGGAGCAGAACAGGUUUUCUUCGAGAUUGGAGUGGUGGUUCCAAAGAGGAAUCAUGAGCAUGAAAAUGAGAUUUAUGACUGUGUGGAGGUUCUUGUAGACGAGUUCAUGAAGAUGGGAUUGAAAGUUGAGAGAAUUCACGGCUUAACAGAAGAGUUCAUCAAGUUGGGAGCACCUGUCGAGGUCUUGGGAAGGGCUGCAGCCAACUUGCAGAUAGUGAAGCCUACCUCCAUUGGAAUGGAUUUACAAUUUGAGUGGGAAAAUGUUGAUGCUUUUCUGAGACAGCCUGAUGGUUCAUUGUUCAGUUGGUGUGAGCGUUUCCAGUGCUACUACCAUUUAAUAUAUGGAACUAUUAACAGGAGCAAGUCAGACAUAAAUCUAACAUUUGAUGGCAAAGAGAUCCAGUGGGAAGCUGGGAAGUCUUUAUUGCAUAAGUUGGAGUCAGAGGGAAUUGUUAAACAAGUUUUUCCUCUGCACGAUGAAAAGAAGAGGAAGAAUCUCCUGAGGAGUUGGGCACUAAAAUUGAAGGACUGCACCAACCAGCCAAUUGAUGAUAUUUAUUCUUAUUUUGGAGUGAAGAUAGCAGUUUAUUUUACUUUCCUGGGAAUGUAUACACGUUGGAUAACUUUUCCAGCUGCAUUUGGGCUUAUUGUAGACUGGGUUAAUUUUGGAUCUUUGCAGUUGCUAGUGCUUCCUAUUUUCUUGGUAAGCAUAGUCCUGUGGGCUGUGAUGUUUUUCCAGUUCUGGAAACGUAAAAACGCUGCUCUCCUGGCCAGAUUGCAGAUUAACAGUUCGGUCAGCACCAGCCAGGAAUCUAGAGUUCUGGGCAUGGAGUGGAGUGCCCUACAUUCAUCCAUUGGACUUACAAAAAAUUUGGGGACUGAUAAAGCAAAACUGAAAGAAGCAUUUCAAAGAUAUGAGUGGUUUGGCUAUCUCAUGCGAUUCAGAAAUGAUACCAUCGUUAUUUUGAGUAUUAUCUGCCUCCAGUUGCCAUUUGAGUUGUGUUAUGCUCAUCUUUAUGCUGUUAUCAAGUCUCAUAUUGUUAGGUUUGGCUUAACUGCUAUUUAUAUUUCUCUCAUUCAAUAUUUUACAAAGAUUGGAGGCAAGAUAUCAGCCAGGCUCAUUAAGUAUGAAAUCAGUGAAAGUCAAGAAUAUAGAGCUGACAGCUUGGUCUACAAAGUUUUUGGUCUUUAUUUUAUGCAGACAUACAUUGGGGUCUUCUAUCAUGCCCUGGUACAUCGUGACUUUUUGACCCUUCGCCUACUCUUGAUCCAACGUAUGAUAAUCUCUCAGGUAAAGCUUUUCCUAAAAGUCCGUAAGGUGUUUGAAAAUCUGGCGGAAAAUUCUUUACCAUUUCUCAAAUACAGCUAUAAAAAAUUUAAAGCUGUUAGAAAUGAGGAACAAUGUGGGAAAGGAGGGUCAACUGGGAAGGUCAAGUUCAGUUCCAGGGUGGAGAAAGAGUACCUCAAAUCCACGUAUUCUGCAAGCAUUUGUAAGGAACUAGAAGACGGGCUGUUUGACGAUUUUCUGGAGUUGGCACUGCAGUUUGGAAUGAUCAUGAUGUUUGCUUGUGCAUUCCCCAGCGCAUUUGUCUUUUCUGCUAUGGGCAACCUUGUAGAAAUGAGAGCAGAUGCCCUGAAGCUGCUGGUGAUGUUCAAAAGGCCUGUUCCACGUGCUGCCACAACGAUAGGAGCUUGGCUAAACAUAUUUCAGUUCUUAAUAAUGAUGUCAAUAUGCACCAACUCUGCACUUCUGGUAUGGUUAUACGACCAGGAAGGGAAAUGGAAAAUCGAGCCUGGGCUUGCUGCAAUUCUUAUCAUGGAGCAUGUCCUACUGCUAAUCAAAUUUGGAUUUUCCCACUUGGUUCCUGAGGAACCUGCUUGGGUGAGAGCCAACCGGAUGAAGAAUGUAACACAAGCACAAUACAUGUGCUCUAGACAGCUAUUUAGAAGUAUUUCUGGGGGUGAGAAGGCAUUUGCUGAAUGGAAUGCAGAAAGGUCCCUUCACGAAUCGAAGAAAACAGAUUGAUCAUGCAGAAGUGACCAUUCUGCAGAGCACGUAAGCGAGAACAAGAAAUUUGUUUAUCAUUUGGAGCUCAUUCCUGUGAGAAAAUUUUGGAUUGUAGUGCACAUAGUCGAAACUAUAUGUUUUCUUGUUACCUUUGUUUUUGUAAGUAAAAUUUGCUUUGCAAGGAUGUUCUUUUGUUUGAUCUUUGAUUUUUCUACUUAAGAAAUCAGAUUUUAAACU